GUGACUGUUUUGUAACGGGCGUGGGCUGUGAUUUGACUCAUCAUUGACAUUCAGCUGAGGAGAAACGAAACCGAUCUGACGGCAGCAUGAGAGAAACCGAACGCGAGAAAUCAGCCGGGAAUCACCUGAAGCGCUCCCUGAUCGAGCUGAUCAUGUGUUUGAUGAGGCCGAUCGCGCGAAUGUUCCCGUGGCUCUUCCGGUGGAUCUCGAGCGGUAACGUUACCGGUGACGUUAACGUCAUGAUACGCGACGAUGACGAAGAGACGCCCGUGUUCUUUGAUCUGGAGACCACCGGACUCGACACGUCUGCGUGUGAUAUCGUGCAGCUGUCGGCCGUCAGCGGGCACCGGGUGUUUAACGUGUAUCUGCAGCCGCGCUGCUCCAUCACAGACGGGGCGUCCCGAGUCACAGGGCUGACUGUAGAGGGCUCCCGUCUGCUCCUCAGACGCCGUCCCGUGCCCACCGUCCCUCACAGACGGGCUCUGAGCGACUUCAUCUGCUUCCUCAAGACCUUCCCCAAGCCCUUUCUGGUGGGACACAACAGCAGGCGCUUCGACUGGCCCAUCGUGACCCGCGUCCUGGCCCAGUUUGACCUGCUGGAGGACUUCCAGAGCGUGGUGUCCGGAUGCGUGGACACACUGACGCUCAGCAGAGAGAUGUUCCAGCUGCCCAGAUACACGCAGCAGUUCCUGGUCCAGCACUUUCUGCAGGAGUCUUACGGGGCUCACGACGCGGCUGAAGACGUGCGGACGCUGCAGGAGCUCUACAGAGUCUGGAGACCCAGCCCGGAGCUCGUGAGGAAGCACAAGACCGGCCUGUGAUGUGUGUGUGUGUGUGUGUGUUCAACGGUUAUCAAGCUGCACUCGAAUCAAGCUCUCAGAAAGAGUUUACACGUACAGUCAGAACAAAAACCAUUCAGACACCAGAUAUACGUUUGGAUAUUAUUACUUUAGUUAUAGUGGGUGCAGGACACCAUUUUGCUAUAAUUGCAUACAUAAACUAUAAAGUCUAUAAAUAUUUAAUUCUAUAAACUCAGACACUUUGACCCGAGUGUUUUUCUUUAAGAUUUUUACACCACAGACUGAAGAAAAUUAAGCAUUACUUUCAGUUCUCAUAUUUUAUUAGCAUUUUACAAACUGUAGAAAAUAAUUUGAGAAAUUGUCUGAAUCGUUUUUGGUUUGACUAUAUAUAUAUAUAUAUAUAUAUAUAUAUAUAUAGUGCCUUAUUGGAUGCAAUCAUUUUACAAUGAAAACAUUAAUUUUUCUUCUUUUGGGCUGAUGCACGCAGCUAUCCAUAACGGUUAAUAUCAAUUUCAUUUAUUUAAUUUUUUUAAUGAAGAUCUCAGAAAAGUAUUGAAUAUGCAGCGGUGCGAUGUGUGGGGUUUUUUGUGUGUGCAAUGUUUACAUUAUUUUCUGAGUUCACUGAAAAAGCCAUCUGUAAAUUAUGGCACAAUAUUAUUUUGUAAAAAGAAGCAAUUGUAAUAUUUUUUAAGAAGUGUCAUGUUUCGUUUUACUCUAAAAUCAGGUUUUGGUUGUCAGAGCCGGUUUUGCUUCCCUCUCAGGUGGCAGAAUCAAUAUAUGAAGCUCAUUUCAUUUCCACAGUUACAUACUGACAUUAUGCACUCAUUAACUGGAACCAUUAAAUAUUAACCAUGUUUUUAA